AUGUCAUCAAAACUCUUAGAUAAAUGUGUUGUUUGUGGUGACAAAGCGUGCGAACUGAUUGAGAAAUCUAACGAUGAGUUUGACAUUCAAUUUGAAACAAAUAUUAUUGACAGAUAUUUAUCUUAUUCGCCAAUCGGUGAUCAUAACAGUUUAAAAGAGCAAAUUUUACAAUAUUAUCAAAAAUUUGACAAUAAUUGUUAUGAAUGCGUACCCAUUGCCAAACCUUUUACUGAUUAUAGCUAUCAGUUUACCGAAGCUGAGAGCAAAAAACUGACUGAAUUGUUGAAUGCAUCACUGUUUAUGAAAAAUCAUUUCACUGGUGGUACUAUAAUUGAAGCCAAAACUAUUGGCGAUUUUUAUGUCCAUUGGGUACCAAAAGUAGAGUCCGAUUUGAAAAAUCUGGUUUCAAUGUCUAAAUGUUUGACUGGUUUUGAAAAUCUCUGCGAUAACGAUCGCAUCUGUUUAAUGAAAUACGGCUCGUCUGAGAUCAGUCACCUAAGAAUGAUUGAGUUUUUCAAUUUCGUUGACAACUAUUGGACUAUACUUAACAAUAAUAAUUAUUCUAUUGUUGUAAAACUCGAUACAUUAAACAGUUUUAGACAAUUUCCUAUUGAUUGGAAAAACGACUAUUUUUUAAAAUCAGUGUCCGAUUGGGACCCGGAUCCUAUUAUAUUAGAUUUGUUAACAGCUAUUAUGUUGUUUAAUCCAAAUCGAUCUAAUCUUAUGUAUAGUCAUGUUAUAAAGCUUCAACAACGUGUUUAUCUAUAUUUACUUCAACGAUAUCUUCUUAUGAAAUAUCGGUGCAAAGAUUUAUCUAAAUCUCGAUUUAUAAAUCUAAUGCAAAUGUUAAGUAAAUUGACUUUAAUGUGCAAAUUAUUACGAGUUUGUCUUCGCAAAGAUAAACCUAAAUUACCGGAUAAGCGAUCUCUUUAUCAAGAAAUUUAUGAUUUAAAAUAA